UUCCAAGGACACUUGUAUAUAUUUGCAGGCUACAUGCUGUGUUUCAGUCGCAGAACUAAAGCUGGGAACAGGAUGCCUUUCCAGGUGGUCUCCCUUCUCCUGGUCUCACUCAGCUUUGUGGUGAUGGAGGAAAAUGGCACCAGGGCAAACACAAAGAUCCUACAGAGACGGUAUUCCGAGGGGACGUUAGCAAGUGAUUACAGUCGAACUCUAGACAGCAUGCUGAAGAAGAAUUUUGUGGAGUGGCUCUUGACCAGAAGAGAAAACAAUAUGGAUAAUAGCAUUGACCCAUCCAAGAGAGAAAUUGAAUCCCCAGCAUUAAACACAAACUCUCAAGGAUCUGAAGCUGGAUCUCAGGGACCAAAGGAUUUUUUAAUUUGCACUCUACAACAAAGCCUUAUUCUGCCAAAUGGUUUUAAUCAGUGGAAAGACAUCUUGAAUCCGGAAUUUCUGGACUGGCUGAUUUCUGCUGACUUCUGCAGGCCAAUGGGUCAGUAGCUCCAGGGCUUCCUGAAGAAAGGAGAUGGGUUCGCUUCUUUCUCUUGUUUGCUUUGUACCUUUUGCUGAUGAGAGUCGGUCUUAAUUAUGCAAAAAUAAUAAAAAAUAAUCUAUGCUCUAA